AUGCAAGACUGCAGGCACAUGGCGUGCCCAUUGGAGCAGAAGCACGACAUGACAGACAUCAUGGUCAGACCUAUUGGGCAUUCCAGGGCUCGACGGAUCUGCAGGGAGAUGGUUACGAUCUCGGUGGUCGCAGGCUCUAGUGGCAAAAUGAAAGCCCCCGACACAACUGACGGAGGCACAGCGAUUACCUCUGCCGUUGAUGCCGUCGCUGCAACCACCGUCUCCGUCGUACUCGCGGUCGACGACUCUGCCGCUUCCACCGAAGUAGUCGCCGUCACCACCGUAGAUGUCAUCACAAUCACGUUAUGUCAACCACUGCUGCAAUAA